CAAUUUAUUUCAUCAGCAAUCUCCUCAUCUCUCCUUCACUAAUCAUCAUUCCCAAACUCUCUCAAUACCCACAUAACAAACAAAAACAAACAAGAAGAAAAAAAACCCCAAUGUUUCCUUAUCUACUCUCAAUUGCAAUUCCUCUCUGCUUCUUCCUCCAUCAAAGUACUUUAACACAAGCCAUCAACUCCCCUGGUCUUUAUUCCCAACAGCUUGAUCAUGUUGCCGUUAACUGCGGCUCCUCCGGCGACUCAACUGCACAAGAUACCCGGAAAUGGACCGGAGAUACCGGUUCCAAUUACAUCACUUCAUUGCAUGGUUCAAAGAGCAAAUUGAUCAGCUCAAAAGCCACUGACCGUCCCUAUGAUCGAAUCCCUUACGCAACGGCCCGGCUCUCCCAUUGGCCUUUCACCUAUACGUUCCGAGUCACUCCGGGUCAGAAAAUUAUUCGUCUCCAUUUCUAUCCAGCUUCGUACCGGGGCGGUUUCAAAAGAUCUGAAGACUUUUUUACUGUAAAAGCUGGUCCUUAUACCCUUCUUAGCAACUUUAGUGCUUCCCUUACUGUUGAUGCCUUGGGCUUACCCUCUCUCGUUAAAGAGUAUUGUGUGGACGUCGAAGAAGAUCAACCGUUAAUCAUAACGUUCUCCCCGUCGCAAAUUGGUAAUUCUUAUGAGGUAUAUGCGUUUGUCAAUGGGAUUGAAAUCAUCUCAAUGCCAGCUGCACUUUAUCAUACUCGUGAGGGUAGUCCAGCGGCACAGAUGAUUGGGAAGAGCGACCAGUUUACCGUAGAUAAGAGCAUUGCUCUGGAGACGGUACACCGGUUAAACGUCGGCGGAAGCUCCAUUUCAUCCAUAGAAGAUACGGGUAUGUUUAGGGAUUGGUAUGAGGACACAAAUUAUCUAUUAGAAAAAUCAAGUGUCAAGCCAGUUACUACCACAAUUCGGAUCAAAUACACGAGCAUACCACCAUACACUGCUCCUCAGAAAGUGUAUCAAACAUCUUGGUCACUGGUUCCAGACAAGCAAGUGAACAAGACCGAAUCAAAUUUUACAUGGAGAUUACCCGUGGAUUUGGGAUUUAGGUACCUGCUUAGGUUGCAUUUCUGUGAGCUUGAAUAUGAGAUAAAAGAGAGUGGCAGGAUGGAGUUUAGUAUCUUUGUUAAUGAACAGGUUGCUGAGGCUAAAGGUGACCUUAUCAAAUGGAGUGGCGGAAAUGGGGUAGCGGUGUAUAAAGACUAUGUGGUGAUGAUGGAAGGAGAUAGGAUGGAGGGCAAGCAAGAUUUGCUCAUAGUGCUGCGCCCUCACAACCAUGGAUGGACAGAACCAAUUGAUGCAACUAUAAAGGGGGUAGAGGUAUUCAAGUUGAGCAACCAUGACAAAAAUCUUGCUGGGGUGAACCCAGUGCUGCUAGCACGUGCUUCUACAUCUCCAAAGCCCAAGAAGUUGGUGUUUGCUUCUGGAGGAAAUGCUAUUGCAACAGGUGUAGUAAUUUUACUCACCGUAUUGAAUAUCAUUUUUUACCAAUUGCGUAGUUUAGGUGAAAAUAGUGUGGCGAAAACUCUCUCUUCGUCAACAUCAGAGGGGUUGUGUCGUCGUUUCUCAUUUGCUGAGCUCUUAUCAGUGACCAAUAACUUCAAUGAUGAAUUGGUCAUUGGAAGUGGGGGAUUUGGUAAGGUCUACAAAGCGUUUAUUGAUGAUGGUGCAACGACAGUUGCCUUAAAGCGGUUGAAAUUGAAGUCUAAGCAAGGGGCAAAAGAGUUUUGGACAGAAAUUGAGAUGCUUUCCAAGCUUCGACAUACGCAUCUUGUUAGUCUUUUAGGCUAUUGUGAUGAACGCAAUGAGAUGAUCCUUGUCUAUGAGUUUAUGGAGCAUGGUUCACUUGCCGAUCAUCUCUACAAAACAAAAACCAAGGGUAAUGGUACUGUUGGCCAUAUGUCAUGGGAGCAAAGGCUCAAAAUUUGUAUAGGAGCUGCUCGUGGAUUGGAUUACCUCCAUACAGGUAUUCGGCACGGUAUAAUACACCGAGAUGUGAAAAGCACAAACAUUCUAUUGGACAAGGAUUGGAUAGCUAAGAUUUCGGAUUUUGGGUUAUGUAAACCGGGCUCAACAAGCCAUUCCCAAGCGCACGUAAGCACAGAUGUUAAAGGCUCAUUUGGGUAUUUCGAUCCCGAGUAUUUCUUGACCCGUAGACUAACUAAGAAGUCAGAUGUGUACGCCUUUGGUGUCGUGAUGUUGGAAAUGCUUUGUGGGAGGCCAGCAGUUGACAUGCAGGUCGAUGAGGAGCAACGUAGUCUGGUCCACUGGGCUAAACAGGGCAUCAAAGAGGACAAACUUGAUCAACUUAUUGACCCCAGUUUGAGGGACCAAAUCUCGGCGCAUCGUGUGAAAGUGUUUGCGGAAGUUGCUAAUAAAUGCUUAGAUAGUCUUCCAAAGGGACGGCCUACAAUGGCUGAUGUGGUGGUGAGACUAGAGAACGCAUUGGCUUCAGAGAGGGCUGUGAACGAGCAGUUUGGUGAGAACGCGCAAAGGGAUGACUCUCUUUCACGAGGUGAUACUCCCUCCUCCUCCACUUCGGUGAUGUAUAGUGAGAACAGCCAAGGCCAGAAUAGGUCAAAGGCAAACGUUAGUAAAGUGUUCCAGAGGACUAUUGAAUUUCUAGUUAAAGGUGCUGAUAUCAAGUGGAAAAAAAGAAAGGUACAUGAUUCCGAUGGUGAGCAAGCACUUUCGGCCGUUAGUUCCCCCCGUUCAAUAUUGCAGUGGAAAAACGUCACUCGUCAAUUCCGUCGUUCCCCAGUUGAAAGCAACGUCCCUAGGAACUUCUCGUCCUCGGCUGCAAGUGGCGGCAAGGAGGCAUAUCUGAAAGGGAAGAUCUUAACCACCCCCGAUUUAAGGAUCUUCAGCUUUUCAGAAUUGAAGACUGCUACUAAAAGUUUCAGUAAGGAUGGACUGUUGGGAGAAGGAGCCUUUGGGAAAGUUUACAAGGGUCGGCUUGAUGAAGAGAAUGGUAGUGGAUUGGUCCUUGCCGUCAAGAAAUUGAACCCAGAGGGCUUUCAAGGACUUCAGGAAUGGCAGUCUGAGGUUAACUUCUUAGGAAGGCUUUCUCAUCCUAACCUUGUUAAGCUAUUGGGAUACUGUUCGGAAGGGAAUGAGCUACUCCUUGUCUAUGAAUUCAUGCAAAAGGGCAACUUGGAGAGCCACCUUUUUGGACGGGCAUCUGCUGUUCAGCCACUUCCCUGGGGCAUUCGGCUUAGUAUACUAUUAGGAGCAGCUCGAGCACUGCAAUUUUUGCACACAUCAGAAGUUGCAGUGAUUCACAGAGAUUUCAAGACCGCAAAUAUAUUGCUAGAUGAGUGCUACAAUGCCAGGAUAUCAGACUUCGGUUUGGCCAAGUUUGGUCCCUCAGGUACUGACACGCAUGUGUCAACACGGGUUGUGGGAACAAAUGGCUAUGCUGCUCCGGAGUAUAUUAUCACAGGGCACCUAACCACGAAGGCCGAUGUGUAUAGUUUUGGUGUUGUAUUGGUUGAGAUGCUUACAGGCUUAACUGUAUUUGAUAGUAGGCGCCCCACUGGAAAACAAAAUCUGGUUGACUGGGUCAAACCAUAUUUGCCCAAAAAAAGAAAGUUGAUGAACAUAGUGGACUCUCGAUUGGAAGGGAAAUAUCCUUCAAAAGCUGCUUUCCAAAUAGCAAAGGUUGCUCUAAAAUGUCUUGGAUUUGAACCAGAAACUAGGCCGUCAAUGACAGCAAUUGUGGAGACACUGGAAUGUGUAGGCGCAAGCAACGAAAAACCCAUGGAGCGUGUGCAGCAUUGACCUCCACUUCCCCCUAGGCAAGACACAAUUCAGUCCUAUCAACUCCUGCAAUGACCACGGAAACUUUGAUAUACUGCUUCCCAUGAAGAGCGGCUUUUCCAUAUAAAGCUGAUUGUUCCUAAUUAUUAAACCUUCAUUUUUUUUCUUCUACCUUGUCACCUCCUGAAAAUUGUACUAUCAGUUUUGUUGUUCUAGGGGUAAUUUGUAUGUAAUAGAUGAGGAUGUUCGUAAUCAAACUGCAACUAUUGAUGCUAGUCUAUUGACUUAUGCUUGAUAAUAUGAAA